ACAGGCUCACUUGUUCCGUCUUUAAUGUGCAAUCUGUUUUCUCCAGCGGAGGGCACUCAGUGUAUCACAAACUCAAGCAUUAGCACCAACAAGCUCUGAGCAUCAUCAGUCUCUGGAAAGCCUUCUGAAUUAGACAAGGGCUGCCUCUCAGCACAGCUACAAAACACUUUAAACCUGACCAGCUAAAUGGAUAAACCUAGCCUGCAUAGCUUUUAAACUGGGGUCUCAUACAGCACAGGAGGCCUACUUGCUAGAAGAACUGAAAAUCCAGAGGAUGAAUUGCUUUAUCUGGGAAUGGCAAAAGCCAGCACAAUAAGGAAUGUCAGGUAUUCUGAAGAUUUUCUUUUCUUUUCUUUUUUUCCUCUCUUUUAACAGAGAAGUUGGUUACCUUCGAGAUGGGCUGUAGCUCUUUUGCACAGAUUGCCAAUUACUGCUGAUGGGUCUCUGGUGAAUUACACAAUGAUGUUCAGAGCCUAGAGGCCCUCCCCCACCCCCCCAACUGCUUCCUUCUCCCUGACCCCCAUCCCACCCCACGCUAAUUUUUUUUCACAUAUGUAUAUAUAUGCAUUUUUGCCCGUCCUCUCCGGGGAAGUUUGUAUGGGUCUAGUAGCUCACACGCGAGAUCAGAAUGGUGUGAAUGACAGCCGCACUGUGUCAUGAAGGUGGUGGUGGUUUCAGCACGGGAGACCGAAUAAGAAGAAAGCUGAGAGAGGGGGGAACCGUUUUGGAUGACAAAGGAUGGGUUUCCAUUUAAUUACGCAGCUGAGAGGCAUGCGUGUGGUGCUAGUGCUACUUCCUACGUUGCUGCUUGUUAUGCUCACAGGGGCUCAGAGAGCUUGCCCAAAGAACUGCAGAUGUGAUGGCAAAAUUGUGUACUGUGAGUCUCAUGCUUUCGCAGAUAUCCCUGAGAACAUUUCUGGAGGGUCACAAGGCUUAUCAUUAAGGUUCAACAGCAUUCAGAAACUCAAAUCCAAUCAGUUUGCCAGCCUUAACCAGCUUAUAUGGCUUUAUCUUGACCAUAAUUACAUUAGCUCUGUGGAUGAAGAUGCAUUUCAAGGGAUCCGUAGACUGAAAGAAUUAAUUCUAAGCUCCAACAAAAUUACCUAUCUGCACAAUAAAACAUUUCACCCAGUUCCCAAUCUCCGCAGUCUGGACCUCUCUUACAAUAAACUUCAGACAUUGCAAUCUGAGCAAUUUAAAGGCCUUCGGAAACUCAUCAUUUUGCACUUGAGAUCUAACUCGUUAAAGACGGUGCCAAUCAGAGUUUUUCAAGACUGUCGAAAUCUUGACUUUCUGGAUUUGGGUUACAAUCGUCUUCGAAGCUUGUCCCGAAAUGCUUUCGCUGGCCUCUUGAAGUUAAAAGAGCUCCACUUGGAGCACAAUCAGUUUUCCAAGAUCAACUUUGCUCAUUUUCCACGUCUCUUCAACCUCCGCUCAAUUUACCUACAAUGGAACAGGAUCCGCUCCAUUAGCCAAGGCUUGACGUGGACUUGGAGUUCCUUGCACAACUUGGAUUUAUCAGGGAAUGAUAUCCAAGGAAUUGAGCCGGGCACAUUUAAAUGUCUGCCCAAUUUGCAGAAAUUGAAUUUGGAUUCCAACAAGCUUACCAAUAUCUCACAGGAAACUGUCAAUGCAUGGAUAUCCUUAAUAUCCAUCACUUUGUCUGGGAAUAUGUGGGAAUGCACUCGGAGCAUUUGUCCUCUGUUUUAUUGGCUUAAGAAUUUCAAAGGAAAUAAAGAAAGCACCAUGAUAUGUGCAGGACCUAAGCAUAUCCAGGGUGAAAAGGUUAGUGAUGCAGUGGAAACAUAUAAUAUCUGCUCUGAAGUCCAGGUGGUCAACACAGAAAAAUCACACCUGGUGCCCCAAAGUCCCCAAAAACCUCUCAUUAUCCCUAAACCUACAACCUUCAAAUCUGACCUCACCCAGCCCACCCUUGAAAUACCAAGCCCUUCCCCAGGAUUUCAGAUUCCUGGCACAGAGCAAGAGUAUGAGCAUGUUUCAUUUCACAAAAUCAUUGCAGGGAGUGUGGCUCUCUUUCUCUCAGUGGCCAUGAUCCUCUUGGUAAUCUAUGUGUCUUGGAAACGCUACCCAGCCAGCAUGAAACAACUUCAGCAACACUCUCUUAUGAAGAGGCGGCGAAAAAAGACCAGAGAGUCUGAAAGACAAAUGAAUUCCCCUUUACAGGAGUAUUAUGUGGACUACAAGCCUACAAACUCUGAGACCAUGGAUAUAUCGGUUAAUGGAUCUGGGCCCUGCACAUAUACCAUCUCUGGCUCCAGGGAAUGUGAGAUCCUACACCACGUGAAGCCCUUGCCAUAUUACAGCUACGACCAGCCGGUGAUCAGGUACUGCCAGGCUCACCAGCCACUCCAUGUCAACAAGGGAUAUGAAGGAGUUGCUCUGGAACAGGAUGAAACUCCCAGCCUGGAGCUUGGUCACGACCACAGCUUCAUUGCCACCAUCGCCAGGUCGGCAGCCCCAGCCAUUUACCUUGAGAGAAUCACAAACUAAGUGAAAGGCAACACCUCAUUGGUGAACUCAACGCAGGGAGGGAGGGCGUUCAUCCUAAAGGAGAAUAGGUGUCCAAAUCACGCGAUAGAGCCGGCUCAUCAUUCCUCUUAAGACAUUUCUGACACAGAUGAAAGGCAAAAAAAAAAAAAAAAAAAAAAAAAAAAAAAAAAACAAAA